CGUGCUAUUGCAAAGCUCCCCUCUCUCUCCUUUGAUCAUCAACUCAUCCCUAUACCACAUUGUCAUCAUCAUCAAUACCUCUCGAUGCGCUUUUGAGGUCCCCAAGCUGGACUUGUAAUAUCUCAAAAUGCCGCUUGAGCAAAUUGGUGCUAAAUUACAAUUCUUUGGUAAGCCAAAAAGCAGCAUUUUAUCAUCAUUAACAGAUAACGAAAUUGAAGAUGGUGAAAGAGAUCAAGCAUACGAAAUCGAUCAAGAGAUAGAACCAGAUGAACAAAAAGCUGAAGAACAAGAAGGAGAUCACCGACGAGACUCGAUACAAUUAUCACAAAAUGAAGAUAUGACUCUUCUCAAAUUAGGCGGUGUCGGCGGUGUUCAAAGAUCCGGAAGUUGGGGCUUCGAUUCACGUAGCAACAACAAUCGAUCCAAAUUCCGCAAUUCCUUGUCUGAUUCACCGGAAGAUGGCGAUCACAAACAAGAAUUGACUCAAUCGCCUUAUGCUGAGAAAGAGCCAUCACCACCCUCGAUCCCAUGGAGACGAUCUUCAAAUAGUACAAAUGACGACUCAAAUCGCUCUUCCGAACCUGGCAGAACGUCGACUUCGUCUUCAUCAGCUGCAGCUUUCUCUCUUCGCUCACUGUCUAAUCGCCAUUCAACAAGCUCAAAUGGAAGCUCAGCAGGAUCUUCCAUGCGUCAUUUGACUUCCGAUGAAGGGCAUACAUCAUCCACCAGUACAAUCGGCGGUCACUCAUCAUCUACUGUCACUUCAGAGGACGCUGCUGUCAGUAGUAUCAGUAGUGAAAAGACAGUCACCGAAACAGGAUUGGGUAUCCAAUCUGGCGAAGAUGAUUAUUCACAGAUAGGACCUCGCGUUCAAAGAAUACAAUCGAUAGGGAGAGGUUUCGAUAUCCGAAAGCGGAGAGAGGCCGAAGGGCUGGGCAGAAGGGGUUCUUUGCUUGCCGGAAACGCAGAUGAAAUGGACGUAGACUCAAGAGAUACAACCGUGCAAGGCACAGCAGCCAGCGAUCAAACUAUCGAAAUGGAAGCCAAUGCAACGGCUGACGACACGAUUGCAUCUCUAACACGCUCUCCCACAAAUUUACAAAAUCAAACGGAACCUCUAUCGCAAUCACCCAAACCAGUUGGACAAUCGGAAGACUACAAAUCACGAUUGAGUACCUUGACUCUUACUGCAGCUGCACAGUCAGAACGGUCGCCAGAAGACUCGCCUAAGUUUCCACCACCAGAACCUCGUCGGCAUACUGGAUCAUACGCUCUUCGAAGUCGAUCUGCUUUAUCGCAAAGUGUUGGUUCUUCGUCUGGUUUACAGUUUGGAAACGGUCAAGGAAGGGCAGCAGCACGAAAGGAGUUGGCCGCUGCUCGUAUCGCUGCAGCAAAUUCUGCUCUUGAUACACCUCGUGCGUCAGUUGUGCAUAUUACGGGUGCAGCAGAUGAAGUGCCUCUGGUCCAUCCACAGCCGCGAUCUUCACCUGCCAAUGUGACUUCUUGGCAAUCUACCGCUACUGCUUUCUCCAAUCUAAGUCAGGGAGAGUCUCUACCAACAAUUUCACCACGCACACAGCCGAUGGAGUUAUCUAUUUCAGCAAUUACCACUGGUUCUGAUCGUGUACCCACACAACGAUCACCGAUUGCUCAUGCUUCUCCUGAUGCUCUGUCUUUGUUGCAACAACCACUCAGCUCACCUCGCGUUCGAUCACCAUUGACACCGAGCGGAUCAGAAGGUAAUAUUCCUACCUCGCCUUUCGAGUUGGAGAUGGAUAGACUUUCUCGGGAGAGCGCUCUCACUGCUCUUUUGGAACCUUCCCAGCAUCUCGGACGUCGGUCAAGCGGUGAACCUAACAUAAACGCUGAAGGAGUAGAUCGUGUAUCUAGCAGACCAAUGAUUGCAAGAUCGAGUACAUCUUUGGCCGGCAUGAAUGUUUUGCGUACUCCAACAACGGAAGAAUGGAGUAGAUAUCUUGCAAAACAAGGAUUGGAUCCAACUUUGAUGUCUUUGGCAGCUGCUAAUGCAGCAUCAAAAAGUAAUGCAAAUUUGGCGGAGAACAUUCAUUUGCGAUCACGUACAAACACAAGUCGAAGUGCAGUGUCUGGCAAUCCCAAAAGACGGAUUAGUGAUCGAGAAUUUGGCAUGACGCCUGCCUCUAUGAGUUCAUCCGUGGAAGCACUCCCACAUGAAAACAUCCUCAAUCAACCGAAUGAUUUGAUUCUAGCUGAGAUGAUUCGUCAAUCAAGCAAUCGUCAACCUCGCUCUAGCAGUGCAGUCGAAAGCGGGAGAGAUGAAUUGGACAGCGUGAAGGAGGAUGAAAGUGAUGAAGAAUUUGAUGUGGAAGAUGCACGAGAACGAUUGUCGCAAGCGGGAGAAGGUAGUGAAUCAGACGAAGAAUUAAGCGAUGAUAUGGCAGAACGAAUGCGUGCACUUCAUGAGGCAAUUUCCAGACCACCUUCUCGUCGUGGCACACCUGCUCCAAGUGAAUCCGGAAGGGAUGUUCAAGAAACGGUUGAUUUACGUAGAAAUCUUCGUUGGCCUACAAGAGAUAUGGCUGCUGAAUUGGCCGGUUAUCCACUUCCACCACAAGGUGAACAAAGGAAUAUACAAGAUUUCGUCAUUGUGGAUGAUAUUGGUCGUGGAGCAUAUGGAUUGGUGAAAAAGGCACGUGUACGUGAUGAAAAGAGUGGUGAACCAAUCGGACCUGAAUUUGCCAUCAAGUAUAUCAUCAAAAGUAGAAUUCUGGCAGAUUGUUGGAGAAGACAUAAAGCUUUAGGUCCGAUUCCGGUAGAAAUUCAUGUUUUGGAUCAAUUACGUAGAUUGGCUUAUCCUUUGCCAGUGGACGUUCCAGCAUGGAGUGCGGAAAAGUUGUUUGGCUGCAAAUCUUUGAUCUCUCAUCCAACAAUGGUCAAAACGGAAGAAGGCGAGUGCGUUGUGACUGUUGGUCAUCCGUCUUUGUGUAUGAUGGUGGAUUUCUUUGAAGAUCACGAGUUUUACUAUAUGGUCAUGCCACGAUUUGGAACUGGUCAAGAUCUGUUUGAUUAUGUAGAAUCUCAACCGCACGGCCUUACGACUCGACAUGUCCGUUGUAUCUUUGGUCAACUGGCAGACGGUUUACGAUUCUUGCAUGCGAACAACAUUGUGCACAGAGAUGUCAAGGAUGAGAAUGUGAUUUUGGAUGGAAAUGGACAUAUCCAGCUAAUCGAUUUCGGAAGUGCGGCUCAUAUUCAUACUCGUUCAACCGGAUCAGCAGCUGCUGCAAAUAGGUUGUUUGAUACAUUUUCCGGAACCUUGGAUUAUGCUGCUGCGGAAAUUUUACGAGGAGAAAAGUAUGGUGGAAAAGAACAAGAUGUUUGGGCUUUGGGUGUUGUGGGUUAUGUUUUACUGUGUGGGGAUUGUCCAUUUUGGAACGGAGAAGAAGCCAUGGAAGGAUUGCAAGAAGGUACACGAGCAUAUACCGUUUUGACAGAUAGACGACGUCCGUUAAGCAAAGCUGAAGCGAUUGAAGAGAUCAACUUGCAUGCCGGUCAAGAUCCAACUUUGGUAGCAGGCGAACGAGAUGCAUUCAGCGGAAGACCAAUCGUUGAUGUGACCGAACAUACACUCACGGAAGAAAAGGUGAUCUUACGUCGUCAAGAAGACAUUCACGGACAAAGUGACGGAGGCGGAAAAUUGGACGAUGCUGCCGAUUUGAUUUUGCAGUGUUUAUCUUUGGAUCCUUGUUUACGUCCAACGAUGGAUCAAAUUUGUUCUCAUAAAUUUUUGUUAGGGGAUUCGGGUUGGUUUGGACAACAGGGUUGGCGCAAUCAGGCAAGUUGAGAACGAGGAGGAAAAAAAACUGUAUUCUUAUCUAUAUAUCUACAUUAAUGUGAACAAUAUCAAUAUG